AGAUUCCGAUUCCACCAACGUUCACUGGGCGCCCCCGGAGCGCUGGGUGCUGGCCUCCGGACUUCCACGUCCGUUAUCUUAAUUGAGCCUCGCUGGGGUUGGGAGCCGGGUAUUGCCCGGGCUUGCAGAUGAGGAAACGGAAGCCGGCAGAGGCGAAGGGAUCUGCCUAAAGUUCGACUGUGGCGGAUCGGAUUCGGACUGAGAUUUUUCUGAUUUCCCAGCCGGUGUUCUUUUCCUUCCUCCUGCCUCACUCUAGGUCGAUUCCCUCCCUGCUCACCGGCCCCUUCUCAUUCUAUUUCACACACCCCGGGGCAGGAUAGAUACAUUUCUUUCCCUCUUUCCAACUCUGCCCUCACACACUUUCUCCUGAGACUUCUAAGACUUGGCAUCCCCCCAUUCUCAACAUUCUCUAUUACACCUCUCUUCUUCUUCCCCAUUCAUAGCUUUCAAGAUCUUUGUCCCAGUCAGUGAUAAUGAACCUCUCAACUAGCUGUGGACCCUGAAGAGUGAAAUAGCUAGGCUUCAGUGAGGCGUGCGGGGUUCAACUGGACGACUCUUUGGCUCUUGGGUUAAAAAUAAGAAUGACAGUUGAGUACGUCCAGAUUCAGGAGUUCUGAAGCUAUUCUCUACCCCAAGAUGCUCUGCUCUGAGUGAGGGGCUUAGUGCAUGGGACCGUGUCUUGACAUCUUAGUCCAUUGUUCUUAGACUAGCAUAACUUCACUGUUUUCCCUCCAUUUGCCCCGAGCUUUUCUCACCACAUCUCUCUCCAUCACCUACUUGGGCUAUGAGAGCCCAGAAUUAAAACUGAUAAUGAAAUAAGUGUAAUCACAGAUCCUCUUUUUUUUUUUCUUUCUUUACUGGAAUUCCAGAACAACUUAAUGCUUCCUUUUAUGGAAAAGUUACCUAAUUCAGUUAUUUUCAGACUACAGCUAGAAAGGAAAGGAGCAAAAGUGGAAUGCACUUAAAAUGGAUAGCACAUUCUUGGUCUUAUGAAAAAAUUAUUAAAUUCAAGUUGGUUCCCUUUCCACAAAAAUGGCCUGUUUUAUAACUCUUUUUGGUUGUUCUACAAGUCUCCUCUGUCUCCAACCAGCUCAAUAUGUAUUAUGUAAAAUAAUACAAAUGUAUUAUUAAUGUAAAAGCAGGAACAGGACCAAGCACACAGAAAUAAAUGUUAGUAAUCAUCUGUCAUUUUUGAGGAUUUGCAAUAGCCACCUGAGUAACCUCACAUUUGUGUGCCUUUUAUACUUUCUAAAGUUCUGCCAUAAUUUUCCUUUUAAUGUACAUCUAGAUGUCAGGAUUUACACUGUUGUUAGGAUAUCCUUUUGAGAAAAUUAGGCUAUACAUUUCUGAAAUUUUUUAAAAAUUACGAUUUUGAUAAUCUAAAAUACAGAUACAAAAUAAUGCAGGCAUUAUAUAUAAUUAUAUAUUACGCCAAGAAGAAUAUUUCUAUAUACUAUUUGGGACUUUAGAUUUAAUCAUUUUGGCCACAUAUGAUCCAUUUCAAUAAUGAUCAACAGCCUUAUAUCUUAUUUCGUUAUCCUGGUGAGCAGGAUUGGAUGGUGAGAAAAGGAAAGACUCCUGUGAGAAGAGAGCAAGAUGAGCAGAGGGAUCUAUGCUUGAAGUUGAGUCACUUGAAAAAAGAUCUCUUUGAAUGUGGAAGAGAUCUGAGCAGAUGAAAAUACAAUCAGGAAAAUGCAACAUGGCAGCAGCGAUGGAAACAGAACAGCUGGGUGUUGAGAUCUUUGAAACUGCAGAUUGUGAGGAGAAUAUUGAAUCACAGGAUCGGCCUAAAUUGGAGCCAUUUUAUGUUGAGCGAUAUUCCUGGAGUCAGCUUAAAAAGCUCCUUGCUGAUACCAGAAAAUAUCAUGGCUACAUGAUGGCUAAGGCACCACACGAUUUUAUGUUUGUGAAGAGGAAUGAUCCAGAUGGGCCUCAUUCAGACAGGAUAUAUUACCUUGCUAUGUCUGGUGAGAACAGAGAAAAUACAUUGUUUUAUUCUGAAAUUCCCAAAACCAUCAACAGAGCAGCAGUCUUAAUGCUCUCUUGGAAGCCUCUUUUGGAUCUUUUUCAGGCAACACUGGACUAUGGAAUGUAUUCUCGAGAAGAAGAACUAUUAAGAGAAAGAAAACGCAUUGGAACUGUUGGAAUUGCUUCCUAUGAUUAUCACCAAGGAAGUGGAACAUUUCUAUUUCAAGCUGGUAGUGGAAUUUAUCAUGUAAAAGAUGGAGGGCCACAAGGAUUUACUCAACAGCCCUUACGGCCGAAUUUAGUAGAGACUAGUUGUCCCAACAUUCGCAUGGAUCCCAAAUUAUGCCCAGCUGAUCCAGACUGGAUUGCUUUUAUACAUAGCAAUGAUAUUUGGAUAUCCAACAUUGUAACCAGAGAAGAAAGGAGGCUCACCUAUGUGCACAAUGAGCUAGCCAACAUGGAAGAAGAUCCCAGAUCAGCUGGAGUUGCUACCUUUGUUCUUCAAGAAGAAUUUGAUAGAUAUUCUGGCUACUGGUGGUGUCCAGAAGCUGAAACAACUCCCAGUGGCAGCAAAAUUCUGAGAAUUCUAUAUGAAGAAAAUGAUGAAUCUGAGGUGGAAAUUAUUCAUGUUACAUCCCCUAUGUUGGAAACAAGGAGGGCAGAUUCAUUCCGUUAUCCUAAAACAGGCACAGCAAAUCCAAAAGUCACCUUUAAGAUGUCAGAAAUAAUGAUUGAUACUGAAGGAAGGAUUAUCGAUGUCAUAGAUAAGGAACUAAUUCAACCUUUUGAGAUUCUGUUUGAAGGAGUUGAAUAUAUUGCCAGAGCUGGAUGGACUCCAGAGGGAAAAUAUGCUUGGUCCAUUCUACUAGAUCGCUCCCAAACUCGCCUACAGAUAGUGUUGAUCUCACCUGAAUUAUUUAUCCCAGUAGAAGAUGAUGCCAUGGAAAGACAGAGACUCAUCGAGUUGGUGCCUGACUCCGUGACACCACUAAUUAUCUAUGAAGAAACAACAGACAUCUGGAUAAAUAUCCAUGACAUCUUUCAUGUUUUUCCCCAAAGUCAUGAAGAUGAAAUUGAAUUUAUUUUUGCCUCUGAAUGCAAAACAGGUUUCCGUCAUUUAUACAAAAUCACAUCCAUUUUAAAGGAGAGCAAAUAUAAACGAUCCAGUGGUGGGCUGCCUGCCCCAAGUGAUUUCAAGUGUCCUGUCAAAGAAGAAAUAGCAAUUACCAGUGGUGAAUGGGAAGUUCUUGGCCGGCAUGGAUCUAAUAUCCAGGUUGAUGAAGUCAGGAAGCUGGUAUAUUUUGAAGGCACCAAGGACUCUCCUUUGGAACAUCACCUAUACGUGGUCAGUUACGUAAACCCUGGAGAGGUGACAAGGCUGACCGACCGUGGCUAUUCCCACUCUUGCUGCAUCAGCCAGCAUUGUGACUUCUUUAUAAGUAAGUACAGUAACCAGAAGAAUCCACACUGUGUGUCCCUUUACAAGCUUUCAAGUCCUGAAGAUGACCCAACUUGCAAAACAAAGGAAUUUUGGGCCACCAUUUUGGAUUCAGCAGGUCCUCUUCCUGACUACACCCCUCCAGAGAUUUUCUCUUUUGAAAGUACUACUGGAUUUACAUUGUAUGGGAUGCUGUACAAACCUCAUGAUCUACAGCCUGGAAAGAAGUACCCCACUGUGCUGUUCAUAUAUGGUGGUCCUCAGGUGCAGUUGGUGAAUAACCGGUUUAAAGGAGUCAAGUAUUUCCGCUUGAAUACCCUAGCCUCUCUGGGUUAUGUGGUUGUAGUGAUAGACAACAGGGGAUCCUGUCACCGAGGGCUUAAAUUUGAAGGCGCCUUUAAAUACAAAAUGGGUCAAAUAGAAAUUGAUGAUCAAGUGGAAGGACUCCAAUAUCUAGCUUCUCAAUAUGAUUUCAUUGACUUAGAUCGUGUGGGCAUCCAUGGCUGGUCCUAUGGAGGAUACCUGUCCCUGAUGGCAUUAAUGCAGAGGUCAGAUAUCUUCAGGGUUGCUAUUGCUGGGGCCCCAGUCACUCUGUGGAUCUUCUAUGAUACAGGUUACACAGAACGUUAUAUGGGCCACCCUGACCAGAAUGAACAGGGCUAUUACUUAGGAUCUGUGGCCAUGCAAGCAGAGAAGUUUCCCUCUGAACCAAAUCGUUUACUACUUUUACAUGGAUUCUUGGAUGAGAAUGUCCAUUUUGCACACACCAGUAUAUUACUGAGUUUUUUAGUGAGGGCUGGAAAGCCAUAUGAUUUACAGAUCUAUCCUCAGGAGAGACACAGCAUAAGAGUCCCUGAAUCUGGAGAACAUUAUGAACUGCAUCUUUUGCACUACCUUCAAGAAAACCUUGGAUCGCGUAUUGCUGCUCUCAAAGUGAUAUAAUUUUGACCUGUGUAGAACUCUGGUAUACACUGGCUGUUUAACCAAAUGAGGAGGUUUAAUCGAUAGAAAACAUGGAACUGAUCAUCACAUUUUGGUACCUGCCAUAUAACAUCUACUUCUGAAAAUAUAUUUGGUGCCAUUGCGGGCAUCUACAGCUUGUGGGUAGUAAUCUAAUACCUUAACCGUACACAUACAAAAUUGAAUGACGCAUAUUUCUAAAGGACCCAGCAAUACCAUGAGAAUUACUGAAAGAAAUAAGACAUUAGCACCAUGUAUCCAUACUACCUUAUUUUCACUUCUUAAUAGCAUUAUAAACCUCAUGGACUUAAUUAGUGUAUUUUUACAGUAUACUUCUGAGUUUGUUAAAAUAUGAUGAUACUAGUGAUUGGUUUGGUUCAAUUCCAGAAACUCUGACUAGUUACAGAUUUGAUAGCACUUAAAUGUAAUUGAAUAGCUUAUGCUUCAUUGCUUGGGGUGUAUCCAGCAUGUUAUGAACUAAUCACUAUUAAACCUAUGACUUAACCAGUCAUUAAUGAUUUUUCAAGGAUAAUUUAGUGGCCUCCUAAAAACACUUAUUUUGUUUCAUUCAAGCUCUGACCAAUUUUAGCCAAUUUCAGCUGUAUCUAGUAUAAAUAGUUCUCUCUGAUGAUAUGACAGAGUGGGUUUUUCCUUUCAUACAAAGGCAAGUAACUGUACAUGUAGCAUGGUUUAAUUAGUCUUAUAAUAUUGAUAAUUACAGGCAGAAAAAUUUUAAUCAAAUGGUUAGAGCUUAAAUAUUUGCAGGCAAUUUCUUCUCCUUUAAGAAAAGAGAAAAGUACACAUUAACUUGUACUCUUCAGAAAAUUUAGUGGGGCCAGUUUCCAUUGGGUAUUUCCUUACUGAAAUGUUCCAGAGUUCUAGGGUGAUGGAAGGGAAUCGUGGUAGGGUGGGAGAUACCAGGGGGUGGAGAAUGACAGGGAGAGGAAAAGGAGAGGAUCUGCUUAAGAACUAAGUAGAAGUAAAAUUUGACCGAAAAUCCUCAUUAAAAAGUUUGGGGGGUGAAAUUUAAACUGCUAGAAUGUUAGUUAAGGAAACCAGAAUGAAGAAUCACUGUCUUGCCAACACAGUUACAGACUAACAUUAUUCAGGGAGGAAAAGUUCCUUAGUUAUUUUUCUAAUUCUCAUUUUUUGUUACUUUCAUCUUAAUUUUGGUAACCUUACAAAUUUAAACAUUUUAAAUUAUUUGAACAUCAUUUAGAUACUGUGAGCUUAAAGUAAAGAGGUUUCCAAACCACCUCUUCACCAUAAACUGAUCCCCGGCAAGCCAUGGCUCUAUUUUUAAGUGUUCAGAGCCUCUAAGCAAUGUCGUAAAUGGCCAUGACAUUUUCCUGGUUUAGCCGUAGCACUCGACUGUUAAGGGAGCUCAUAGGCUUUCAGGUGCUGAUUGGAAUCUGUCAUCUUAGAGUCUUGGGGUGUUGUUGGGUCACAUUGCCAGCGGCAGGGAAGGCACCUAUGAGUUUGACCCUUUUUAUCACAAGCCUCAGUGUUUGGAAAGUUGUUUCCAGUACUUUUAAACAAUGCUCUAAGAAAAAUUGCUCUUUUUCUUUCUCACCACUACGGAGAGUAGAUUUCUCCCAUAGAGAGCACAGCCUCCGUUGGUAAGGGUGAUGACUGUGCAUCAGAGGUGAAUUCAUCAUUGAGAGCCAGGUGGGAGGUGGGUGAGGUCCGGAAAUGGCAGGGUGACCUGGUGGUUCUGUCCUUGGGAAGGGGAUUGGGUUUUGCUGUUUGUGUAUUUAUACUGUAUGAUAGGUACCACACUUUUCCUUAUUGUCUGUGUAUGUAUUGAUUUUCUUGUUUAUGAUAUUUUCCCAUGCCAAGGUGUGUUUAUAUUUUUUUCAAUGUUAAAUUAAAUUGAUUUGGGUAAUUUUUCUCCCCAAGAAAGUAUUUUCCCCCUUGAUUUAACUAUAUAUCUGACUAUCGAAGGUGGUUUUUGUUUGUGAACUGAUUGGCUUCCAGGGAUCUAUCCUUACAUAAUAUGCAAAAUGGAAAUGGUAUAUAGUGGUUUUUAGACAUCUACUCAUUUGAAACCUCUUACCCGUUAAGGCUGUUUCUUCACAAUGGCAUCUCUCAUUUUACCAAAACAAACCCUAAAGAACCUCAAGUACUCUUGAAUUCACCAGUGUUUUCCUUUUGCAUCUUGCCUGUCCUUUCCUCAUAUGACAAGGGAUGCCUCUGUUAUAAUCCCCAGUUCAUUAAAUGCCAUUCUCCUUCUAUAGGGGGAAAAUACGUGACUGAAUUCACGUGCAGAAAGACAGUUUGAGGAGUUUCAUUUUAAAAACUGACAUGGAAAACAUCAUAGUCCUUUCAAGCAAUCAGUAGAAAUCUCACUAAAACUCUUUGUACCCUGUCUAUGGGUAACAUCUUAAAAGGCUAAGAGUAUAUAAAAGUAGCAGUACUUUUUGGUAAGAGCCAAAAAGCACUGGUUUAAACAUCAAAUGGGGUGGGUUUUGCAGGCUUGAUAAAUAGGUGCACUUGAGCAACCAUCAACAGGUAUAGUUGCUUAUGCAUUGUUGAGCAGUGGGACUCAGAAUCUAAGAUUCAUCUGGGAUGCUUUUUACUUAAAAAGAAAUGCAGUCUUGAACUUACUCUUAGAAGUUUGGAUUUGGUUGAUUUGGGUGGAGACCGGGAAUCUGCAUUCCUAACAGCCUUUCCAGGGUGAUUCUAAAGUUGUUUGUGGGCUACUUUCACAAAGUCUUCUGUAGAGAAUGGAGUCGGAUUGAGAAAAUAAUAGGUGACUUUUACACUGGACUGAUUUACAAACACCUAAAGCAAUAGCCAAUGUAGCUGCUCAUCUGUGAUCACUAUUGGGCCCUUCUCACUCUGAAAGAAGCAGAAGGUAUCGUGAACUGUGUAUCUUCUUUGUUUGGAGAUUCAUUUUGGAAUGAAGGUUCUUCCCUCGAUGCCGUAGCUGGCUCAUUUCGAAAGCCUCAUACAAGAGGAUGAAGUCACAAUGCAUGCAUUACUUUUUAACAGGAUGAGAUAUAGAUAUUGAUGCUUACUUUUUUUUACUACUUGUUUUAUUCCUUACAGAAGGUAUAUCCCACCUGUCUGUAACAUAAUUCUCUCUUUAGGUGGAAUGACUCCUAUAAGAUCUCUCACUAUUGUAGAAUCAUAAAUUUUUCAAGCUAUUAUUAUCUUUGAUAUAACCUAAUGUUCUCAUUGGAUAGAGGAGGAACCUACAUAGAGAGAGAGGAGAAAAUAUACCCAUGGCCAUGCAGCCAGUUAGUGUUCAGUUGGUACUAGACUCCAUCCAGAUGCCCUGACUCAUGGUAGUUUAAAUGAUAUGUAGAAAAGGCAAAUUUUUAAAGAAGUAUUUAUUAAUAUAUUCCUAUGAAACAUUUUAAAGAUAACAUAAAAUGGUUAAUUUUUCCAUUCUAAAGUAAAUGCUAAGCAUGCUUAUUAAUGAAGCAGUACUUCUAAUUAGUAUAUGACAUUCUGAAGUUAAUUAAAACUGUUACACUAAAUGUGUCUUCCUAGUAGUGGAGGAUUUGGGAAUUGGGAUAUAGAAUAGAGUGCUUGCUUAAGCCUGGGAGCCUAACUUAGAGCUAUUUAAAGUAAGAAAAGAGACAUGGCCAUAUCUAAACUAAGAGAUUGCAGGUGAGUGUCCAUUCCCAGCAGACAUAAAGGAAUAAGGAAACUUCCCUGACUCCCACUUUCCCAACCCUACCCGGCCUCACCUCUCGGUCUUGCAGCCUACAAUAUGGAGACAUGUCAGUGCAAGGUGCUGGCUCCUGCUUUUCUUCUUUUGUCAAGAGACCGUUCUGGAUAAUCCUUUCAGAAGUCCCUCACAGAGAGAAAAAGUAGUAUUUGUAUGUUUAUUUUUGAAUAACCCAAAUACAGAUUUACGUUGUAUUCAGCACAAUUGGAGUUCAGGUGUUUAAUUUUGGAACAUGAAGUGCCUGCUGUUUUAAGCAUUGACUUGUAUAAAAAGAAUUGCAUGUCUCACUCCAGUAAGUUUAUGGGUUUUUUCAUUUUCAGCUACAUGGCUUUUAAUCAUGUAAAGUGAAACAUUAGUUUUGUUGCAUUUUAUUACAGGUUCUUUGUUGCAAUAAAGAUGCUGCUACAAUUAA